GUCACUGAGCGUGGCUACCCGGCAUCCCUGGUCAUUGUUUAGUUGUUUCAUCGUUAGCGGUGUCAGUGGUUGAAAUGUUGCGGCUUCGUUGUAAAACCCGGCAGGGAACGUACCUGCUUCAGGGGCUAACGGACAUGUCCAGCGUCCGGGAGCUGCAGGAGCGGAUAGCCGGGGCGAGUGGCAUCUCCGAGCCCGGGCAGCGAAUCAUGGUGGGCUAUCCCCCCGCCAAUCUAGACCUGAGUGAUGGUGAUGCCACCCUGCGGGACCUGCCUAUCAAAUCAGGUGACACACUGAUUGUGGAAGAAGAUAAAAGCAAGCCUGCUACUAUCGUGAAGCAAUGUAUAAAUGAUCAGACUCUCCCAAAGGCUCCAGCGAUUGUUCGUAGAGUUGUUCCAGCAGACAAUUCCUGUCUCUUCACCAGUGUUUACUAUGUGGUGGAAGGUGGUGUAUAUGACCCAGCCUGUGCACCAGAAAUGCGCAGCCUUAUAGCUGAAAUUGUUGCAAGUGAUCCAACAAGUUAUUCCGAAGCCGUGCUGGGAAAAGGCAACGAAGAAUAUUGCUUGUGGAUUCGUAGGGAUGAUACAUGGGGCGGAGCUAUAGAGGUUUCAAUACUUUCCAAAUUUUAUCAGUGUGAAAUCUGUGUUGUGGACACACAGACUGUGAGAAUCGAUCGUUUUGGGGAGGAUGCUGGCUACAGCAGACGGGUUUUGCUGAUUUAUGAUGGCAUUCACUAUGACCCUUUACAACGCCAGUUUCCUGAUCCUAGCAUGCCCCCUAUGACCAUCUUUUCCACAACAGAUGAUGACGCACUGGUGCAGGCCUUGGAGUUGGCAGAAGAAGCCAGGAAGAAAAGGAAAUUUACAGAUGUGAAUAGAUUUGCCCUGCGCUGUAUGGUUUGCCAGAAAGGAUUAACUGGACAGUUGGCAGCAAGAGAUCAUGCCAAGGAAACUGGGCACACCAACUUUGGGGAGGUGUAGUAUCCCAAACUUCGAGACGCAAGACAAAGUUGGCAAAAACUACCUCACACCUCAGAAGCCAGUUUAAAGUGCACAUGUAGUGAUAUUCUGCAAACA